AUCAGAUUUUCAGAUUGACGGAGUGUUCGCAAAUUUGAAAGAUUUACACCGAUUGAAUUUAUGCAACAACAGACUGACGUCAAUCAGCAACCUGACGUUUCGCGGGUUAUCGAAUCUCCGUGAUUUGUAUCUAUGCAACAACUCCAUCACGCACCUCGAUGCUCACAGCUUCUACUCGCUGGAUAAGUUGAUGAGACUGGUACUCAGCAACAACAAAUUGGAAUCAGUUAAAGAGAUGGGUCUGCCUAGCUCUCUUCAUUAUUUAAAUUUUGGUAAAAAUAAUUUAACUUAUUUGGAUGAAGAAACAUUCAACGGCUGCAGGUUUCUAAACACCUUGGUACUGAACAACAACCAAAUCGAGAAGAUACAAUUGAAAACAUUCAGAGACAUGUCGUAUCUGACCCAUCUGUUUCUGAGCAACAAUGCUUUGAUGAAAUUACACUGCCAUUUUCCGGAGAAUUUGAGACGCCUGUUUCUCGAUUUCAACUCUUUAACCGAAAUACCGGGAAGUUGUUUCACCGCUGAUUCCAGUUUGGAUACGCUAUCGUUGGCCUUCAAUAAAAUUUCCCAACUGAAUAAAAAUUCUUUCAUCAACGUGAAAUUUCUUACAAAACUCGAUCUCUCCGGCAACGAGCUU